CAUAACCCGGAUGAGGCUGAGUUUAGCGGGUCUGCAGCUGGAGAGGAGCUUUAUUCUCUCGCAGCGCCGGAGGAAGAGCAGGAUCAGCUGAACUACAGAAGAAACUAAAAUAUUCCAAGGUUUUCUCCUGAAAUUCAUCACCACUAUCGACCAGGAUAUUUAACAUAGAGCAAUGUUAAACUACUGAAAGAGGUGAAGCACAAGCCGUCCAGAAGAAUCUCUUUGAUACACUUCAUAUAGCCAAGUCCCGGCAUGGAGAAUCUCAAAAUACAGCAGCACAUUCCCACGCGAGAGAAACCGUAUCACUGCCCAGACUGUGAGAAGAGUUUUACUAAUCAGUAUAAUCUCAAAAUACACCAGCGCAUUCACACAGGAGAGAAACUGCAUCACUGCCCAGACUGUGGCAGGAGUUUUACUACUCAGAGUAAUUUCAAACUGCACCAGCGCAUUCACACAGGAGAGAAACCAUUUCACUGCACAGACUGUGGGAAGAGUUUUACUCAACAGAGUGCUCUCAAACUGCAUCAGCGCAUUCACACAGGAGAGAAACCGUUUCACUGCUCUGACUGUGGGAAGAGUUUUAUUCAACAGGUUAAUCUCAGAAUACACCAGCGCAUUCACACAGGAGAGAAACCGCAUCACUGCUCAGACUGUGGGAAGAGGUUUAAUCAACAGAGUACUCUUCAACUGCAUCAGCGCAUUCACACGGGGGAGAAACCGUAUCAAUGCUCAGACUGUGGAAAGAGUUUUAAUCAACAUAGUCAUCUCCAACGACACCGGAGCGUUCACACAGGAGAGAAACCGUAUUACUGCACCGACUGUGGAAAGAGUUUUAAUCAACACAUUUUUCUCAAACUACAUCAGCGCAUUCACACAGGAGAGAAACCGUAUCACUGCUCAGACUGUGGGAAGAGUUUUAUUCAAAAGACUACUUUCAAAAAUCACCUGCGCAUUCACACAGGAGAGAAACCGUAUCACUGCACAGACUGUGGGAAGAGUUUUAAUCAACAGAGUCAUCUCAUAAAUCACCUGCGCAUUCACACAGGAGAGAAACCGUAUUGCUGCUCAGACUGUGGGAAGAGUUUUAGUCGACGAACUGCUUUCACACUACACCAGCGCAUUCACACAGGAGAGAAACCGUAUCACUGCUCAGACUGUGGGAAGAGUUUUAUUCGACGGGCUGCUCUGAAACUGCAUCAGCGCGUUCACACAGGAGAGAAACCGUAUCAUUGCUCAGACUGUGGGAAGAGUUUUACUAAACAAAAUCUUCUCAAAAAUCACCAGCGCAUUCACACAGGAGAGAAACCGUAUCAGUGCACAGACUGUGGGAAGAGUUUUACUCAACAGAGUAAUCUCAAACUGCAUCAACGCAUUCACACAGGAGAGAGACCAUAUUACUGCUCAGACUGUGGGAAGAGUUUUAAUCAACACAGUCAUCUCAAAAGUCACCAGCGCAUUCACACAGGAGAGAAACCGUAUCAGUGCACAGACUGUGGGAAGAGUUUUAACCUACGGAGUAAUCUCAAAAAGCACCAGCGCAUUCACACAGGAGAGAAACCGUAUCACUGCUCAGACUGUGAGAGGAGUUUUGCUCAACACAGUCAUCUCAAAAAUCACCAAUGCAAUCCCACUGUUCCACUGCAAUAAAAAGUGCAAAUCCUAAAUCUUUGACAGCCAAAACACCUUAUUCUACGCAAAAUCCUCCCUUUGACACUCUGGGCACAUUCCACCAGAAGCAAUCAAGAACUGAAUUUAACAAUGGAUUUAACAGGUUCUGCAAAAUGAAUCUUUUCCCGGGAUGAUGUUUAUUGAUUUCCUUGUUAUGUUUUCAUGUAUGUUUGAAUACCUGUACUAGUUAAUGCCUACAGAGAUCUUGCACGACAAGUCGAACAUGUAUUGUGGUUUAGUAAGCUUUUACAUUCCGAAUCAUACUUUGUACCGUUAACACCAUACACUAAGAACAUAUAUUUCAUAAUCCUGAUUUGUUGAGCCUUUUUCAUGAUAUGCUAAAUAAAUUGUAAAGUGAUAAUCAUAGCUUCCAGUAAAAUACUCUCUUUGGGACACUUCACUCAUUUACAGGUUCAUGGCAGUAGCCUGUAGAAUUAAUAAUAUUAUACAAGUAAAGAGUGUGGAGUUUAUUAAUUCUAGGACAUUCUUCGUGGGACAGAGCUCAGAUUUUAGGGUAUUUGCGGUAGGAGAUCAGUUCUGAAGAAGGGCACUGCCAGUUCUUACUCCAGAUGUUAGGUUAGCAUAACUUGGCUUGGAUUCUUGGCUUGCAACUAAACAUUUUGGACAAAACCUUCAGCGCCUAUGCUUAGAAGAUUUUAAAUAAAUGUCAUCUUUUUUCUAGCAAGUGCACAUUUGAUUAUCUUCAUUUACUUCUAGUAUUUCUUUUUUUUCACUCUGUGGAAACUGUUCUUGGUUCGCCUAGCUUAGCUUAAUGCUAUCAACCGCUAGGCCCACCCAUACUGAACGUUUAAUCUGCUGGUGUUCUCGUUGGUCUGUGAUCAAGUCGGUCUAAAAAAUCUGUAAGCGUAGAGAAAUAUUUGGUUGUGUUUUAUUACUUUUUUUUUUAUACUCUCUUCUCUUUUCCUUAUUGGAUAUCAUAUAUUUGCUUACAGUUUUUUAAUCUCCAAAUUUACUAAUAAUAUCCAAAUCAUUUAGUUCCUUGAUUGUUUUUAUCCAGUAUCCUCUAUUACCUUUUGUAUUGCUUCACCUCUAUAUCUACUCGUAUGUGUGUUUUCAAUAAAAGGCUUCUAUAUUGCAAGA